UGCAAGAAUGCUUACUUUUCUCUUUAAUCUUUAAUUUAUCAAGGAGGUUUUCAGUCAGAAAUGGCGAGCCAUUCCCAUUCAAUUCCAGAUCUUCUUCUACUACGGUUUCCUGAGAAAUUUUGCCUGUAUUGAUAGUUUACAUUUUCAUCCGUUUUCGUAGAAUUCUAACUUAGGAUUAGGGUUUGCCAUCAUGGAAACAUCCGGCGGAAAUUCCGAUGCUUAUUGGACCUCGCGGGCUGCCGGAACCGGUGGUGGCAUGAGGAGUUACUCGACGCAGUUUUCGGCUUCAAGCAUCAUCCAGGCACCGCUGACUGCUCUACUAGAGUAUUCCGGAUUCCUGCGGCCUCGAUCAAGCAACCAUACGGAGAGUGCGGGUUUGCUUGCUGGUGAAGCCAACGGCGGCCGGGCGGAACAUGGUUCCGCUCAGAUGGAAGGAUCUUUGAGUUCGAGUUCUGGAGGUGAAGGGGAGGUGUUGAUAAGGAUUAUUCCAUCGGGGGAUCAUGAGAACCAGACUCAUCCGUCGACCGGCGAGAAUGGUGUUUCUGAGGAUGCGAUUCCUAGGGUUUCUGGUGAUGUUGGAGUUGGAGAUGAUGGAGGGAGAGAGUAUCGCGUUCGGGAGGUUGGUGGAUCGCCAGCCUCUGCUAAUACGCAGAGCUUGGAUGAUGAUGUGAACCUUGCGGAUGCUAACAAUAGGGAGUCAUCUUACCAGAGAUAUGAUAUUCAGCAGCUUGCGAGAUGGGUUGAGCAGAUACUACCUUUCUCGUUGCUUUUGUUGGUAGUGUUCAUUCGACAGCAUUUGCAAGGAUUCUUUGUCACUAUCUGGAUUGCAGCAGUCAUGUUCAAAUCAAAUGAUAUAUUGCGGAAGCAAACUGCUUUGAAGGGGGAAAGGAGAAUGUCAGUUCUUGUUGGAAUAACAGUGGUUUUCAUGCUUCAUGUCUUUGGCGUCUACUGGUGGUAUAGGAAUGAUGAUCUCAUGAAUCCACUGGUGCUUCUUCCUCCAAAGGAAAUUCCACCAUUUUGGCAUGCUAUAUUUUUUAUUUUAGUCAAUGAUACUAUGGUUCGACAGGCAGCUAUGGUGAUCAAAUGCAUACUUCUAAUUUAUUACAAGAACAGUCGUGGUCGUAGCUACCGUAAGCAGGGUCAAAUGCUAACGCUUGUGGAAUAUUUUCUCCUCUUGUAUCGCGCGUUAUUGCCAACACCAGUUUGGUACAGAUUUUUCCUGAACAAAGAAUAUGGAAGCUUCUUUUCCUCUCUUAUCACUGGACUAUACUUGACUUUCAAGUUGACAUCUGUUGUGGAGAAGGUUCGAUCUUUCUUUGCUGCAUUGAAGGACCUGUCCUGUAAAGAGGUGCAUUAUGGCUCAAACGCAACAGCUGAACAGGUGAUUGCAGCUGGUGAUCUGUGUGCUAUAUGCCAAGAGAAGAUGCAUGUGCCCAUUCUCCUUCGCUGCAAGCACAUCUUCUGCGAAGACUGUGUUUCCGAAUGGUUUGAUAGGGAGCGCACAUGCCCGCUGUGUAGGGCUCUAGUGAAACCAACAGGCCUUCGGUCAUUCGGAGAUGGUUCUACAAGUUUGUUUUUCCAACUGUUUUAAUAUUUGUACAGUGAUGCUAUACUUUUAUUAUUUUAAACUUCAGAGGUGAAUGAAACUGUUCCAUCCCUUCCCUGCAU